AUGGAUCCAGACAAUGCUACCAGCUAUGUGACUGAGUUCAUCCUGCUGGGCUUCUCAUCCCUGGACCACACCAGUCGCAUCCUCCUCUGUACUAUCCUGUCUUCUGUCUACACCCUGACACUAGCAGGUAACUUAUGCAUCAUGUGGGCUGUUGUCAGGAGCUCCCGCCUCCAACACUUGCCUAUGUAUGUCCUGCUAGGGAACUUCUCCUGCCUGGAGAUCUGCUAUGUCACAUCCACAGUGCCACGGAUGAUCUCAGACCUGCCAACCCCGCAGGGCGAUGCAAUCUCCUUUCAUGCCUGCUUCUUCCAGUUCUACUUCUUUUUCUCCAUGGGGGCUGCUGAAUGCUUCUCCCUCUCAGCCAUGGCUUUGGAUAGAUACCUGGCCAUCUGCCACCCCCUGCGCUAUCCCAACCUCAUGUCCCAGAGGACCUGCUUGCUCCUGGUGGCUUUCUGCUGGGUCGGUGGCUUCUUCUGGUUUGCCACCCCCAUUAUCUUCAUCUCCCAGCUCCCCUUCUGUGGCCCCAAUAUCCUGGAUCACUAUGUCUGUGACCCUGCUCCAUUGCUGGCUGUCUCCUGUGUCCCUGCUCCCCAGAUUGAACGUGCCUUCUUUGCUGUGACUUCCACUAUCAUCUUCUCAACUGUCCUUUUUAUCUUGACCUCUUAUGUGAUGGUCCUCAGGGCAAUAAUGAAACUGCCACGGGGGUCUGGAAGACGCAAGGCCUUCUCCACUUGCACCUCCCACCUAACAGUGGUGGGUCUCUUCUACGGCUCCAUCAUGGUCACCUAUGUCAACCCAGCAGCUUCUGGGGACAGCGGGAAGGAGGUGUCCCUUCUAUAUGUGUUGGUUACUCCACUGUUCAACCCAUUGAUCUACAGCCUGAGAAAUAAGGAGAUGAAAGAGGCUCUGAGGCGCACAUUGCUAGGGGAGCGGUAA